CUAGUAGAGAAGGCUGAAGUCGUCUAUCCAAGCACAUCUCCUAAAGGAGUCAAGGAGAUCAGGACUGCUGUGCAAACAGUCAGGAGCAAUAUGGAGAAUUUGUUCCAGGAAAUGCAUGAUCUGAAUAUUAGCCUAGAAUCUCUGGCUGAAAAAUGGCACCAAUAUGAGGUGAAAUAUGACACUCUAAGUUCAUGGGUCAAGGACACUGAAAACUCACUGAAAGCAGAUGGCGAUCUCAAAGACUCCUUAGAAGAGAAACAAACCAUUUUAGAGAAGCAUAUGGCUCGGCAUGAAACCAUCAUAGCUCAUCAAACAGAGCUAGAUGCUCUUAGUGAACAAGGUCAAAGUUUGUUGGAAAUGUGUGACAGUGUUGUAAGCUCCCAAUUGACUCAGCUUAGUUCCCGAUAUGUGUCACUUUUGACUCUGUCGAAGGAUAUGUUGAAGCGCUAUGAGCAGAAUGUACAGGAUCACCAACAGUACACUGACUACUACAAUAAGUUCACUUCAUGGUAUCAGGAUAUUGAAGG